CCAGCUGAGGGGUGCCUGGAGGGAACUAGAACAGAUCUUAUCGAUUGUAUCAUGGCCUGGUGUUGCAACGUGGAGGACGGCGCAAGGCGGGUGAUGCUACUGAUGGCGGUGGCAGGAGCUGGAAAGACAUCCAUUGCUCAUUCAACUGCGGAAAAGUGUGUGAGUGAGGGGCUACUGUUGUUGACAUUUUUCUUCAAAGCGGGUGAGCAGUCGCAGCCGGAUCACCUGUUCAGUGGCAUGGCUCGAUCUCUAGCAAUGCAGGAUCCCUCAUAUUGUGCUUCUGUCAUAUCCAUUCUUAAGGAUGAUCCAACCCUCGCAACUGCACCUUUCUCGGUGCAAUUCCAGAAGCUCAUGGCCGGACCUCUCCGC